AUGCACGCGUUCGUGACGGUGGGGACGACCAAGUUCGACGCGCUGAUCUCGGCGCUGGACACGGACGCGUGUCUGUCUGCGCUGGUGGCGCGGGGCUUCACGUCGCUGCGGAUGCAGAUCGGCCACGGCGAGCACGUCCCGCGCGCGUCGUUCCCCGGGCUGGAGCUGAGCCACUACCGCCACGACCCGCAGUACAAGAAGGACGUGGCCCGGGCCGACCUGGUCAUCAGCCACGCCGGCGCCGGCUCCAUCAUGGACGGCCUGGCGCUCAAGAAGAAGCUCGUGGUGGUGGUCAACGCGGCGCUCAUGGACAACCACCAGACGGAGCUGGCCGAGGCCAUGGCCGACCAGAAGUACUGCCUGCAGACCUCCGUCCAGGACCUGCAACGCACGCUCGAGCUCGGCAACUGGGACGACCUGCAGCCGUACCCCCAACCGGAUGAGCAGGCCUUCCCCGACCUGGUUGAUGCUGUAAUGAGCGUGACGGAAGCUAGCAAAGAGCAGUAG